GACGCAUACUGUAAAAACAUACAUGUUGCACAGGAAAGGGGGAGCAAGAAGUUGAAGAAAGGCAUAACGACGACCUCGGCAACUUCCGCCCUUCAACAACCUCAAGCUCAAGCUCCAGCUGCAUCUCCAGCUAUCAAGCAACCACCUCAAUAGCUCCCGCAAUGUCCGACUCUCUACCCCUCGAGAUCGCGGAGACGAUCCAAACGGCGUCUAUAAACCGAGCGCCGUCGCCAACCCACGACAUCAACCCUUCGACAGCCGCCUCGCAAGCGCAACCCGUAUCCGUGUCGCCCCACGUCCCAGCAUCCGAUUCCUCCUUCGACAAGUAUGCGUACGACGAGGAAGACGAGAUCGACGACGAUGAAGAGGAAGAAGAUAUUCCAUAUAGUGUAAUCCGGCCAUUGCCGCGGCGGGCCAGCCUGCCUCCUCUUCCGGACUUGAGAUUCGAGCAGAGUUACCUCGCUAGUAUUGCUGCGGCGGAUUCGAAAUGGAAGGUGGCAUAUAUUACGAUUCGGGAUCAGGUCUUGGUCCCGCUCUUGCAAGGCAUGGUUUGGUCUUUGGCUCUCCACGGAUGGCGGUACUGGAACCGAAGCGCCCAGCUUAGUGGAAACUCUGUAGGAGCACGCGUGCGAAGAUGGUGGUAUAAGACAAAUAACUGGCCGUUGGUGGAUUCGUUGAAGCAGAUAGGGAGGAAUCCGAGGUUAGCCCAAGAUAUCGGAGACUACUAUCAAAACCAGAACUCCGGGGAUUAAAGGUUUCUCUUAUAGUUUCUGAGGCGUUUUGGGAUAGGAUGCAU